AGUGUUGUGUACAUUGAAGUCAAUAACAAGUUAGUAUUUAUGAGCUCCUCCCAUUAAAAUGAAAUGGAAAUAAAAUAGAAAGGUGUGAAAAUACUACAUUUUUGUUAUAACUUGAACCGUUCUUUGGCUGCAACAGAUCAAAACUUCUUGUGAUUCAAAUUCUGUCUGUCCAUUGAUAUUUGGUAUAGUUUCAAGGUCGGAAAGAUGAUACGAGUUUUCGAAAGUCCCGCUGCGUUUUGCGUCCUUCUUGGAGUGACUGUCUUCAUCUACACCGGAUGCAUAGGCUCCUACAGUACGGGAACCAUCACGACCCUCCAGCGGCAGUUCCUGUUCAAAAGCUCCGAAAUCGGCGUUCUCCUCGCCGUCAACGAUGUCGUCUCGAUGGUCACAGUGACGCUGACGGCAUACCUCGGAGCCAGUCGACAUCGUCCACGGAUCAUUGGAUGGUUCACCCUUCUAUUCGCCGUGGGAUGCGUCAUUACAACCAUACCGCAAUGGGUGGAAGAGAGUGCCUUCCAGAAUGCCACAUCCAGUUCCAAUUCGACCAACGAUUUAAUGUGUGAUGUUACUAGGGUUCCAGAAGAUAAAUGUUCAGCAAAAGAGAAAGAAGAAGCCGGAGCUCAGCAUCUAAAGGCCCUUUGGUUGUACCUCGGUCAAGCGAUAUUUGGUCUAGCAUCAUCGGGCUACCUUUCCCUAGGAAUAAGUUAUAUGGAUGAUGGCGUCCCGAGGAGAAAGGCACCCUUAUAUAUCGCGGCCAUUUUCGUCGUGACAUCUUUGGGAGCCUUCAUCGCUUUUGGUCUAAGUGCCUUCAGCCUGUCGUUCCAUACGGAUUUCUAUAAGAUCAACGUUGAUGAACUCGGCUACGAUGAUGGAGAUCCAAGGUGGAUCGGGGCAUGGUGGCUCGGCUAUCUCGUCUAUGCCGGGCUUUUCGUCAUUCUUGCCUUACCGUUCUUCUUCUUUCCCAAGGAGUGGCCACACCUAUCACAAGAUAAUGAAAUUGAACUCCAAACUGAACCCAGGUCAGGGGAUGCAGUCCCUGGUGGCGGCGUUGAAGAAUGCACCGUCGUCAAAAACGGGGUCGAUGGAUUGGGUUCUCAGAUCAACGGGCUUACCAAGAAGGGGAAAGGUUAUAAGAAGUUCGAAAACGAAAGUACUGAUGCUCCUAAGCAGACACCUGACGAGAAGGGCAAUCGUGGCGACGAAAACGAGCCGAGUCUUUUCAGUUUUUCUUCCAUCACAGGUUAUCUCUAUGCCCUCCGACGCAUCCUUACAAACUUUACAUUCAUGGCCAUCGUUAUGGGAUCAACAAGUGCUGCUGCUAACUUCAGUGGAUACUAUACUUUUAUUGGUCGUUACCUUCAGACCGAGUAUGAUAUUACUCCCGCAGAUGUAUCCAUAAUAUUAUCUGGCGUGUCGACACCAACGUCAGCAGUUGGCAUAAUACUUUCGGGCGUGUUGAUAAACAGAAUGGACAUGAAAGAGAGAGGGUUAUUGAACUUUGCUGCACUCGGAAAGACCAUUGGGAUCAUUUUCAUUGCCGGAAAUUUUGCCCUUUUCUGCAGCAAGACUCUAGUGGCAGGUGUGACCGCGCCAUACCCCGGUAGCGAUGCGAUCACUUUGGAGCCAGCACCAACUUGUAUGGCUAAUUGUGAGUGUGAGAAAGGUGUUUAUACUCCAGUUUGUGGAUCUGACGGUCUUACCUACGUCACACCUUGUCACGCUGGCUGCACCGGGAUUCGUGAGAAUGAUGAAGGGGAGACGGUCUACACGAAUUGUACCUGCGUUUCUCCAACCUCUACCGCAAGCUCUCUUUUUGAAGAACCCUUGACGGCCGUGAAAAACCAGUGUCCAAGAUCAUGUCGCGCCAAGAUCAUCACUUUCAUCUGUCUGUAUUGUGUGUUCUCAGCAGCCCAGUCCUCAAUGGGUAAUUCCGUCGUGAACGCCAAAUUAAGGGUCGUUGAGAAUAGGGACAAAGCCUUGGCUUUGGCUCUUGGAAGCUUCUUCAAUAAAGUUUUAGCCUUUAUCCCAGCUCCUAUCUAUUACGGCCUGGCAAUACAGUCAACAUGUGCAAUGUUCCAGGAAUCCUGCGGAGUGACUGGGAAUUGUCUCAUCUACGAUACCGAUCACUUUGCAAUGCAUUUCUGGAGUUUAUUCUGUGGCCUGAGCACCACCAUCAUUUUGUGCUACUUGGUUGCGUCGUAUUCUCUUCGCCGGAACGAGAAGGGAGAAUACACCCCCCUUCAGUUGUGUAGUGCCCCGCCUGAGCAGAGUGAGAAAGAAGAAAUCAAAUGAACAUCUGAAUGGAAUGGAUUGGUUGAGAUGACUUUUCCAAAAACAUAUAUCAUCACAUAUAUUUUUAAUAUACAUGUUACAGAAUUCUUAUUUUGUUAUCACAAUAACCAGCUAUGUGAUAUCAAGCUCAAGAAUAAAUAUGACCAGCCAGCCCCAAAACAACAAUAAGUCGCCCAAAAUGAAUUUUGAGAUUUUUUUAAUUGAGUUUGAACAAGCACAUCAUAAGCUUUAAAAUGCUAUAUGAUUUGCCAAACUUGAUCAAAAAUAUCUCGCUCAAAUACUUGAUUAAACGCAGAGAUGACAAAGCAAGAGCUUCAGAAAAUAAGGAGAAAACAUUCAAAGUUUGUGUUUACUCAAGCAUGAGAUGUGCAUACUGCAAUUUCAAUGAAACUUCCAAGAAGUCCUCAAAAAAUUGUGCCAAAGAAACUCUUGUAUCUUGUUUUUUAAUCACUUGACAACUCAAAAUUUUCACAGUAUAAACAUGACGAAAUACUUCUUCAGACAAGUUAAGAUUUGAAUUUUGGCUUUUUGAAGACCAAUUUACAAUUUUGGCUAUAGUAUUAACAGACGACCUUCCCUGGCGACUUCUAACAUAAUGUACAUACAAAUGAAUACAUAAAAAUGUAAUCAAACUCUGUAAGAAGGUCGAGAUCUUGGGAGAAAUGAAAUGAAUGCUGGAAGUUCUUUAUCAAAUUUAGAUUUUUUGUUGUACAAAAUUGAUUUUUCAUAUUUUUCUUAAAACAUAUUGAAUUUGUAGUAUUUGAUUUCACCAACAUUUAGCUGAUGCACUGUUUGUUUAAAUAUUUUCCAUUGGAAAAUGUGACAGGCCUUACUGCUAAGGUUGGAAGGCAAUAACACCCCAACAACAUGGUGACUUGAAUCAAUGUAUUAUUAAUUCAAAUGAGCAUAGCACUGAAAAAUCCUCAUCAAAGUAGGAUGUAAAUUAAAAAAGUUAUUUUCUUAUACAAUUUCAGUGAAUUUCACAAUACUGGUGAACACAUUAUCUGGACAGUAUCCAAAUUACGAAACUGAUAUCAUAUACUCAGAAUUUCCUUUGUAUUCUAAUAUAUUGAAAUGCAAAAUAUUGAACUGUUUCCCUUCAACAAUUCCACCUUUAAAAUGUAGAAUUACAUUAAAAAAUAUUACAUUUCUUAUUAUUGUUAUGAUUCAAAUCAGAAUUUCUGUAUCAUUUAAUCUAAAAAAGAAACAAAGAAUAUUUUAUAACUUGAAAUACAAAAUAAAUGUUGUUGUGUUGUGUAUAUAUACAGGUGUUUAAUGAAAUAAAGCAAAUCAUUAAAAUAUCAUAACUUCUUUAGCAAGAUUUGAUGUCUUUUUC